AUGCUGCGGAGGACGAUCGGUUCCGGUCUGACGCGUCUAGCGCAGGGCUUUUCCGGCGGGUGCGCGCAGGACGCUCUGGCGUCCGGAGCGACCGGCCUCGCGCACCAGGGUGUCCCGGCGGCCCUGCUGGGCCAGCGGGCGCUGAGCUCGGCGUCCUGCCUGCGAUCCGACGUGGAAGGCAGCGGGGCGUCGCCCGCCCCCGCGGACCGGAGCGCGCCGGUGCGCCCGGACCUGGUGGACAGGUUUUAUGAAGCCGCAUACAAGACUUCCGCCAAGGACGUGCUCAAGAGCCAGAUCGAGGACGUCGUCCGGCAAGUGCGCAUCCACGACUUCGACGUCGGCGGGAGCGCCGCGCAGGCGGCCCGGUUCACCCUCCGCAUCAGGCGUCUCGAGGAGCACGUGCAGCAGCACCGCUCGGACCAGCACAACAAGCACCGCCUCAUGCUCCUGAAAAACAAGCAGAAGCGCAUCCUGCAGCACCUCAGGCGCACCGACCCCGACCGGUACUUUUACGUGUGCCAGCUCCUCGGCAUCAAGGACCAGGCCGUGCAGCCGGGGGCCUUCAAACAGGGUGACCGGCGGUACCGCGUUGACAGGGACCUGAAGCCAGAGGUGGGGGCGCGCGCGCUGCAGUUCAUUGCCAGCGUGGCGGACGCGCAGGCAGGCGGGGCGCGGCUGGACAAGCAGGCGGGCGAGGUCAUGCGGAGCGUGAGGGAGGCGCUGCGGGACGUGACGGGCUUGGAGGCGGCGGAGAGGGAGCGAGUGCGCCAGGUGCGCGCUGCGGAGGCGGCCGCGGCGAAGGAAGCCCCCGCGGCGGCGAAGCGGGCGCAGAAGGGCAGGAAGACGCGCGGGGCGAAGCGGCGGUGA